AUGUCGGUUAUCACUGUCGCCGAUGGCGGUCCUGCCACCGAGAUGAUCAAACUGUUGCUCACGCAUAUCAAUGCUGAAGAACCCCAGUUCAAGCGCGCUAACUCGUCUACAAAGCAAAUUUUAACCAAAGCAAACGACGUCUAUAAUGAGAUUCAACAGCUUAUCCAGGAUAUCAAGAAGAAGAUGGAGAAGGCUGAAGAACCAGAGUGGACGAAGUUCAAGGCGUUGUUACUCGACUACGUUUAUAAUAUCGGAGACCGGUCAUCGCGCCUUCUCCACCACACGGCGGCAGACAUUCCUAAGUCAGUCGCAUCCAUUGAGAGAUGGGCGACCGAUUGGCAGAUCACAGUUACCAUCGUGGGGAGACUUAGGUCUGAGGAAUUCAAGCUAUCGGACCCUCUCAAGAACAGUUUGGAAACCGGCCUUUUGGAAUCUCUAAAGGCAGAUGACAUCGAUAUGAUUAGGGGCGUUCAGGACUUCGCCAAAGGGGCUGCCCACAAAUUGCAAGAUGACUCAAUUUUCGAUGCGGCGACGGAAGACAAGAUGGUGACUGGCUUGACGGGUCUUAUCGACAACAUUGCAACUCAGAUGGAUAACAAGUAUGUGCCUGCCAGCGCCCAUUCUGUUGUGAAGACCAUUUUGCUCGUUUAUUUCCCUUUCGCAUUGGCCGCGGACAAUGCGGUGGAUUCGAAGUGGGCCGAGCACCUUAAAUCCAAGAAGGUUUGGGAAGAAAUGAAUCGUGUAGUCGGCGAGGCCGCCGCCCAUGUGACGGGUGAGAAAGAAAAAACAGUCGAGCAACUAGAAGAGAACUAUAAAGGCCUGGAGAAGAUCAUCUUCACCUUUACGGAACUACCUGAACUCUUCGGCCCUCAACUUUUGGAGAUGAUGAAGCUCGCUGGACAGGUUCGACGACCAUUCCAUGGACGAUCGGUUGUGCUGGUGUAUAUGUGGUAUCACUUGGCAUUGAGCAAGGAUGUCAAGGAUGAACGAUCGUCCGUCAAUCGCCGUACCAUCACAACGAACAUCAAGCAGUCCAUUGAGAUGCUCAAUUCAGCGUCAACCAAACUCCAUGGCGUGAAAACUUUUGCAGACGACAAUGAGGUCAAGGAGCUGACAACAAAGUUCAACGACAAUGCCGCAAAGAUGAAGCAGCUCUACAGCCUGUACAAGCUGGACGACAAGUGGACCAACGACCUCAAUAUCAAGCUCGACAAUGCCAUCAAAGUCGAUACUGAACAUUACGCGCGCACGAAGGCCAGGUUGGAAGGCCAGCCCCCCGUGACCACCUGA